CAAAAAUUCGUGCAAUUAAAGCACUAAAAUGUCGACAACUGAGGAUAUUACUCAUCCUAUGAGUGAAAAGAGUCCCGAGAUGGAGAAAAAUGAUCAAGAAGAGACUGAUACCAAAGAUGUUUCACUGGAUGACAUAGAAGGCAGCAAUCGCUCCGAAGGAAAAACGGAAAGUAUUGUUACAGUGCUAUGUAAUCCAAACAAAACUAAUGCCGCCAAAAAAGCCGACGCUGCAGCUAUGAAAGCGGACAUGAACACGGAGGAGAUGAUGAAUGUCGAUGGAUCUUCAUCUCAUUCGACCGCCAAUGAAGGAAUGAAUCCAUCAACAGAGCGCGCUUUGGCCAGCAAAAAGCCGCCAGCUCCUAAGAUGGACUGGAAGAAGAAUCUCCGUAUUCUCAUCUCCAAUAUGUAUAUGAAUUCGAAAGACCGUCUGCCCGGAGCCUGUAUGCCCAAAUGUCUGCGAAAUACGAGAGAAUGCGAGGAUAAACACCGCACUGCAAUGCUGCCAGAUGUGCCAAACUUUAUGCUGGUGGAAGAUCUGAAGAGAACUCUGCGUGGCCACCACUAUGACACCUUCCUGGACAUGGUGGAGAUGAUGGCGAUGCAAUGCGUGUACCCUGGAGAUGGUAUCUUUGACAGGCUCAUUGACCUGGUCAUGAUUCUGAUUGCCAAAGAAAUAACUGUCAAAGAGCUGGCGGACAUCUAUAGAAAGGCGAUAAGCACCUUCUUUCUCCUGGUCGAUGCCUUCCCGCCCUGCUGGACGUGCUUGCGCCCAUAUUACUUGAAUUUCCUGCGCGUCCCGAAUCCGACCAAUCGUAGCGCCCGUACCGACAAUGGGACGCAAAAGCUGAAGUUCUAUCUGGAUCUUUUGGAGGAGAUCUUGCCGCAAUGCAGCGAUAUGGAGAUCCGCACGAUGACAAAGCCCUUUGAGGAGCACGUAUUCAAUUUCACGGAUGAGGAAGAACUAGAAAUGUCACAAGAGACGGCAUUCCUGCAACAUGUGCAGGACUACGACUGGAUAAGUGGCAAACUCUGUCUAGAUGACUUCAAGAAUCUGUCGCCUGGGGCACGCCUCUCGCGAGUCUGCGAUGUGCUGAACAUGCUCUGCAGGAUCCUGGAAAUGGAGUUCUUGUCCUGGCUGGACCACAACCGUCUGCGCCAGUCCGAGUCAGAGAUGUUCAAUGAAGAAACAAAGCCGUUUGCCAUCCAUGUCUUUGGAAUGUCGGCAACAAUGCGGCUCACGGAUAUUGUGCGCCAACUAAUGCGCUUGUACGGCUUGGCGGCGGAAAAGUCCAUGUACCCCGACCGUCUAGAAAUGCUGCAGCGCCUUAUCACACUCGUUGUGGAAGUCAGCAACACGGCUGAGCUGAAAUACGUGGACAACAAUGUGACCUACCCGAACCUGGGUUCGCAGACCCGCCUGCUGAUUGCCCAGUUCUUCAAGAUAUUCAAGUCACAAAAUCCCAAGCACAUCAGCACCUACAUCAAAAGCAUUUCGCAGCUGGACCAGCCGUAUCUUCGCUUCGAGUUUACCGAUCACUUUCUGCAGCUGUUUUACUUCCCCAGAAAUGUGGCGUUCGGGCCGAAGAAGGUGUGCGAUGAGUUCAAUGAGAGGCAAUGGUUGAAAUACAAGCCAAAGAGUGAGAUCGAGGAAGACGACGAUGAGCAACUGUCGCGGGAGGAUUAUCUGAAUAUACUCCUGAACGCGCUAAAGGACUAUGACAAAUGGAUGAAUCUGAAGGGCUUUUGGAAGUUUAUGCAGAACAAGGAGCAGGUGCAGCAAUUGCAGACCUGGACCAGCAGCCCACUGGCAACUCCUGUGGGCAUCAUAACGGGCGAAACGUUCAAGGCCUUCGAGCUGAGUGAAAUGGAAAAGGAAGUGCCCAGCUGGAAGAAGCGCCUCAACACCAAGGUGAUUCUGGGCAGGCCCAUGGUGAAUUUGCCAGUGGCCAAAAUCAAUUUGGUCGAGUCAUGCGGUCGCUAUAGCAGCGAUGUGCGUUACAUACGCUAUCUGCGCCGUGUGCUCGUAAAGGAAGUCCAGUCGGAAAUCGAUGUAACCGAUUGGUUGGAAUAUCUAAAUGGAUUCCUGUGCGACGACGAACCACCAUCAGAGCCGGCAUCGCCCCGUUCCUCCCCAGCGUCGGACCCAGAAGAAGCCUAGUGGCGCUUCGGUUCAAGUAUUUCUUAAAUCUUUAUCUCACCAAAUGUUAAAAUAUGAAAUUAGUUAUUUUAUGUUUACUGAAACGACGCGCUGAGCGAUUGUUCGUUGUGAAGAAUGUAAGAAUAAUGCAUUUAAUUCAUUUUCCAUUCAUUUCAUAAUUUUCAUUUUCUGUAUUUCUCCACUGCAAAUAUAUAUUUAUGCUGUAACUAAAUACACAUUUACGCACACAUUUACAUAUAAAUACAGCUACUACGCAUGUACAUAC